UGCCACGUACAGACUGCGUGUUGGGUCAGUCACCUGUGGGGCUGAUCCUGGUAUGUGAUUGGCUGUGACCGGAGGGUGACGCCGCCAGACAGACAGCUAUCGGAGGGCAGAAGCCGUACAAGUGCUCCAGUCAUUGUCCUGCUCGCGGUCGUCCCCGGCCUGUGUGCGCGCCGCUGCGGGCCUUGUUUCUUCCAGCGGAGGAGCGAGAGCAGCAGCGCUAGCUGCCUCAGUCAUCACGGAGUCCACCAUGAAUGGACAGCUGGACUUGAGUGGUAAGCUGAUCAUUAAAGCUCAGCUUGGGGAAGACAUCCGCAGGAUUCCCAUACACAAUGAAGACAUCACUUAUGAUGAGCUGGUGCUGAUGAUGCAGAGGGUUUUUCGAGGGAAGCUCUUGACGAACGAUGAAGUCACCAUCAAGUAUAAAGAUGAAGAUGGAGACCUCAUAACUAUUUUUGACAGCUCUGAUUUAUCAUUCGCCAUACAAUGCAGUAGAAUAUUGAAACUGACUCUGUUUGUGAAUGGACAGCCUCGCCCUCUAGAGUCCAGUCAGGUAAAAUAUCUUCGUCGGGAGUUGAUAGAAUUACGCAAUAAAGUCAAUCGUCUGUUGGACUGUCUAGAGCCACCUGCUGAACAUGGGAUGCCAAGCAGCAUACAAGAUGCAGAAACUGUAGAGGGUCGAGAAGAGAAACCGGCUGCCCCAGACUCCUCAGUCAAGCCAUCCAACCAGGUUAUGGCUGCCAGCAUGUCUGCUUUUGAUCCACUGAAGAAUCCAGAGGAAAUCAACAAAAAUGUCAUGUCAGCCUUUGGACUAACAGAGGACCAAGUCACUGGCCCACCCAGUGCUCCGGUAGAGGAACGUUCCAGCACACCAGAUAGUAUUGCCUCUUCCUCCUCAGCUCAUCCCCCUGGAGUCCAACAACCACAACAGCAAUACCCAGGAGCUCAGCAGACAGGUCAGAUUGAAGGACAAAUAUAUCAGCAGUAUCCACAACAGCCUGGGUAUCCAGCAGCGCAAGGCCAGCCUCAAGCUCAGCCCCAGCAGCCGUAUGGCAUGCAGUAUCCCGGUUAUAAUCAACAAACUCCCCAAGCAGCUCAGCAGUUCCCAAGUUACAGUCAACAAGCUGCUCAGGCUCCUGCCACUAGCUUUCAAGGCCAGCCACAGCAACUACCAGCCCAGGCUCCUCAACAGUACCCAGCUGGCUCUUACGCACCACAAACCUACACUACACAAGCAUCCCAACCUGCUAACUAUAAUGUCCCCCCUGCUUCACAGCCUGGAAUGGCACCAAGCCAACCAGGGAGCUAUCAACCUAGGCCAGGAUUUACCCCUCCACCAGGUAGUACUGUAACUCCUCCUCCAAGUGGGCCUAACCCAUAUGCUCGGAACCGUCCCCAUUUUGGUCAAGGGUACACCCAACCAGGACCUGGAUACCGAUAAAUGCACAAUCAUUACCAAGGCAAAGGCUGCUAGAUCUGUUUCCAUCCCAACAGACUUCACUGUUAUGCUUCAAUUUUAAUCUUGCUUCAGACAACAGAAGAAAAGCAUUUUGUGCUUUUCAGUGUUGUCCCUUUACUGAAGAAGACCAAAUGAUUUCUGCUUUUGAUUGUAUCUGCUCUCUAGUUAAAAUUAAAUCCACAAUAAGAAAACUUGUGUUUGAACAACUAGUCGGCCUUGUCAGACACUGAAAAUCUGCGAAUUAAACCCCCACUUAUUUGGCUUGUUUUUAAUGAUCUGAUGUGUUCCUAUAGAGCUCUUCUGAGUUAUAUACUAGGCAUUAUGUACACAUUCUAAUACACUAAUACCUAAUAAUAAAAUGUUCAACUCGUUUAAUCUUUGGUGGCGUCUAAAUAAACUGUGUCCUUAUUGGAA